AUGGAGGAAAAUCACAGUCUCAUAGCUCGGCAGCAACGUGACCGUGGUCAUCCGGCCAACUCUGAUUACAAUGAGGAAGCUGAGAUUCUGUGGCGUUCUCUUGCCCCAAAUGCUGAAGCCGCCACCCCCAAAAAUGCAACUUCCUCAAACUCCUCUGGGGUUUGGCGAAAUCCUGGGAUAUCGGAGUCAGGCUCCCUCCUUCAGCCAAAAGAUGACGAGUGUGGAGAAUUUGAUAAUACAUUAGAUACACUGGCAGCAGAACUAUUUAAUGAAAAGAUCUCCAUUCAGAAGAAGCUAAAAUUGUUUAAUCGUCUUGCUACUAUUAAAGAAGAUGGAACUGUUCAAUUCGAAGUUCCUGGACAUAUAGAACCACGUAGCCUUGAACUUGAACCACAAGUUUUUCCUGAGGCUACGGACGAUGAAUCUGUUGAUACAGAUGAUAUGAAAGACAUACCACCCUUGCAAAUUGUGAUGCUUAUAGUUGGAACUCGAGGUGAUGUGCAACCAUUUGUUGCCAUUGGAAAACGUUUUCAGGAAGAUGGCCACAGAGUUAGACUGGCGACACACUCAAAUUUUAAAGACUUUGUAUUAGAUGCUGGUUUGGAGUUUUUCCCUUUGGGGGGAGAUGCCAAACUGCUUGCAAGCUAUAUGGUCAAGAACAAAGGAUUUCUUCCAUCUGAACACUCAGAAAUUAUGGUACAGAGGCAGCAAAUGCGAGAAAUUAUAUUCUCUUUGUAUGCGGCAUGCAAAGAUCCAGACCCUCAAACAAGUGUUCGAUUCAAAGCAGACGCUAUAAUUGCCAACCCCCCAGCAUAUGGGCACACACACGUUGCAGAGCUGCUGAAAGUGCCAUUACAUAUGAUCUUCACAAUUCCAUGGACGGUCACUAGUGAGUUCCCACAUCCUUUCACUCGUGUCAAGCAACCAGCUGCUUAUAGAUUAUCAUAUCACAUAAUUGACACACUUGUUUGGCUUGGAAUACGGGACCUGAUAAAUGAGUACAGGAAGAAGCAUCUGAAGCUCAGACCAGUCACAUAUUUAAGUGGAUCCCAGAGUUCACGCAUGAAGGUGCCUUUUGGAUAUAUAUGGAGCCCUCACCUUGUUCCCAAACCAAAGGACUGGGGGCCUAAACUGGAUGUUGUUGGCUUUUGCUUUCUUGACCUUGCGACAAAUUACGAACCUCCUACUGCUCUUCUGGACUGGCUUAGAAGCGGUGAUGCACCCAUCUAUAUUGGUUUUGGGAGCCUUCCUGUUGAAGAACCAGAGAAGAUGACCGAGGUGAUUGUCAGGGCCCUGGAAUUAACUGGCCAAAGGGGCAUCAUAAACAAAGGCUGGGGUGGAUUGGGGAAUCGUAAGUUACUGUGCGCUAACAUGUCAGUGGCGGAACCCAAGAAGUACGUGUACUCAUUGGAUUCUUGUCCUCAUGACUGGUUGUUCUUGAGAUGCAAGGCUGUGGUGCACCAUGGAGGUGCUGGAACAACAGCUGCCGGUCUCAAAGCUGCGUGCCCUACAACGAUAGUGCCCUUCUUCGGCGACCAAUACUUUUGGGGUGAACAGGUCCAUGGCCGAGGAGUAGGUCCAGCACCUAUUCCAGUUGACGAUUUCUCGACAGAAAAGCUCGUCUAUGCCAUCAAAUACAUGAUGGAUCCCAGGGUGAAACUGCGUGCAGUUGAAUUAGCAAAGGCCAUGGAGAACGAGGAUGGAGUCACAGGUGCGGUGAAAGCCUUCUAUAAACAUUUCCCCAUGAAAAAGAUCGAGUCCGCCAGUCAACCGGAGCCCCAUAAUUCCAAGAAUCACUCGAGAUUUUCGAUUCGCAAGUGUUUCCGGAAGUCAUAGGUUCGCCGCAAUUUACAUUUUUGUAAAAAAAAAAUUCCAGAUUGAGUGCUCAAAAUUUGUCUGUAUCAAUAUAUGGAUUCCCUCCCAGAUAUGCAAUUCAACACCCCUCAAGAGGAUGAAAUAUUCACAGUUCACCUCGUUUCGAUUUUGCUUGUGCAACCUUAGACUGAAUCAAUACUACAGAUUUUGUCAUCCGACUAAGGUUCUUCUGAUUCCUCG